AUAAGAAGAAGAAGAAGUAAUAAAAUUGUGUUGAUAUCAUAUCUAAAUUAAUUAAUGGAGAAUUUGUUAUCAACAAAAUUAUUAUUAGGAGAGUUAAAAGUAGUACCAGAGAGUUACAUAUUACCACCUGAAGAUAGACCUGGAAUUACCAAAAUACCCCUUUGUGAUACAAUUCCUGUCAUUGAUCUCAAACUCAAAGGACAACCACAUCAUCAACUUGUUCACCAAAUCAUUCAUGCUUCCAAAGAAUUUGGAUUUUUUCAGUUGGUUAAUCAUGGGAUUGAAGAGAAGGUAUUAGAGGAUGUAUUGAAAGUGAGUAAAGAGUUUUUUGAGAUUCCUAUUGAGGAGAAAGCAAAAUUCUUGAGUGAUGAUCCUUUGAAAAGUUGUAAGAUAUUUACUAGUAUUGAUUAUCAAAAUGAAGAUGUACAUUAUUGGAGAGAUGCUUUGAGACACCCUUGUCAUCCUCUACACCAACAUAUUCAAUUUUGGCCUCAAAACCCUCCUCAAUAUAGAAAUGUGGUUGGGGCUUACACAGUUGAGGUGAGGAAGCUAAGUAUGUAUAUCUUAGAAUUGAUUAGUGAAGGAUUAGGGCUUGAAGAUGGAUACUUUGAGAACAAUGGUGAAUUGGUUGAAGCUCAAUUGAUGGGCAUAAAUCAUUAUCCACCAUGCCCAGAUCCAAGCUUGACUUUAGGAUUACCUAAACAUGCUGAUGCUAACCUCAUAAGCCUACUUCUUCAAGAAAUGGAUGGCCUUCAAGUCUUGAAAGAUGACCAAUGGCUUGCACUUAAGCCUCUCCCUAAUGCUUUUGUUGUUAACAUUGGCCAUAUUUUACAGAUUAUCAGCAAUGGGAAGCUAAAAAGUGCUGAACACAGAGUUGUGACAAACAAAAAUGUUGUACGGACAACCAUUGGAAACUUCAUUUAUCCUUCUCACAGUUGCAAAGUCGAACCAGCAAAUGCUCUUACCAGUGAUGAUGAUAAUCCUCCACUCUAUAGACCUUUCUUCUAUAAAGAGUUUCUUGGGACUUUUAUAGUUGAUACUUAUCAGAGAAAACCACCUCUUCAACGAUAUAUGCUCCAACUCCAAUAAUCCAUGAUCAUUAAUUAUUAAAUAUAUAUAUAUGUAAGUACGUAUAUAUCUCCAUGCAUGCAUGCAUGAAACUUAAGUACGUACGUACCUUGUCUUUUUCUUAUAUAUUAGUUUGUAAUAAUAAUGUACGUGGUUAUUUUCCUAAUAUAUAAUAACAAAUUAUCAUUAUACAUAAUAUAUAUGGA